CUGCAAAUCAAGCAAGCCAGCGGGAAAAGAGAAUCGAAAUCAAAAUGCUUUCCAUUCGAGAUAAACUGGAGCAAAUCUUGGUCAGAGAUCCUCCAAUUGAAGCUUCCCCAUGCUAGUCUGCUGUCACCUUGUUUACCUUCUCCAUGCACAACCUAAUGCACUUCUGGUUUCCUCUUCCCUUCUUCUGCCUUUGACAGAAGGACCGAGACAGCAUCCGCUGGAAGCUGGAAGGCUUGAAGGAGAGUGAUAGGGGGUUCAGAUUUGGUGUCAUCGACAGGAAGAAAAGGUUGGAUCUACUGCAGCAAUCUCUAGACAAGCUGAGUUUCGCGAAUCGGGCUUACCAAGAUAGAAGAAGCAUUAGAUCAACCACAAUGGAAGAAGAAACCCAUUACAAUAAAAAACAGCUGCUGAAUUUCCGAAUGCAACAUGGAAGGAAGAGCUUGGCUGCAGAGAGAAGACUCUCGAGAGAGACCAAGGAAUGCCGGAAACACGGUUCUGCUACUGCUAGUUGUUCAUGGGGAUCAUUUGAAGAACUUAAUACUGUAGUAAAGGGCAAGAACGAGAUUCGAAGUCAAAUCCAAGCGAUACAAGGAGAAUCAGAACAAGCGAGGAAGGAACAUGUGGAAGUGAAGAGUAAGAUUCAGCGUCUGUUGAAAGAGCUUCAGCGGGUCGAAUUGGAGUUGGGCUGUCUGCAGAAGCGAUUGCUGGAGCUAUGCUGCGGAGGACGGGAAGAAGAAGAAGGAGGAUUACAGGUUUAUCCAUCUUCCCGUGCUCUACUCUAUAUGAGAGUAUUGGAGGUACAAAACCAACGCACAUAUAGAGCUAAAAGAGAUUCAAGAGAAAUUAUACACUGAUAAACA